GGCGCGCCCGGGAAGCUCGGCUUGGACCACAGCCGCGCUCUUGGCCGCCGCAGCGCCAGCCGCCGCCGUCGCUGCUAUCACCGCAUAUCCGCGCCUCCCGGGGGAGAAGUCGGCGGCUCCCGCGGCCCCCAGCCCCGGCCCCUGGGCACUGCCCGGCUAGUUCCCGGGCAGGGGUGGGGGCAACAGCGGCGUGUCCGGCCCUGGGCUGCCAGGAGGUGGACGCCACUGCCCAGGGAGGCGCGCAGAGGCUGGGAGAGCGCUCCCCGGCGGGUCCCCAACGCACUCGCCGCCGCGCCCGGGCAGCGGCCCGACCCGGCUAGCAUGGGCGGCGCGGAGUGACGCCGCCGUGCCCGCUUGGCAUCAAGGACAUUCAGCCCGCGGGGGUGGGGACGAAGGGGGGCAGCCCCGCGUCGCCGCCGCAGCCCCUGAGAGCCACCACUGUCGCUGCUUGGGCUCCGGGGCUGGGUGGAGGAAAGGGGUGCUUGGAAUCGAUCCACAUUUUCUGACCUUUUUGUUGGACAUUACGCCCACCUUGGACGCUGCAAGAGGAGCUGUCAAGCCCAGCAGGCUCUGAUUUGGCCCCCUCCGUUUUCCUCUGCUGCUCGUGGCUUCCCGGUGCCUCGGUGGAGUAUUUGCGUUCGGGGCUGGGGCUGGAGGAGGCAGCCACACGCGCGCACACGCACACGUUCAGAGGAGGGCGAGAGGCAGCGGUACAGGCACCAUCUGCAGUGUCAAUGCGGCGCUGGGGCUGAAGGAGGGAAACGCCGCUCUUCCAGGGGAGACUGCCCUGCUGAGUCCUGGCCCUCCGGAGGGACAGCUGUGCUGGUUGCUGCUGUGUUGAGAGGACCUCUCUCAGAGAUGAAAGCCAUGCCCUGGAACUGGACCUGCCUGUUGUCCCACCUCCUGGUGGUAGGGAUGGGCUCCUCUACUCUGCUUUCACGGCAGCCACCACAGCUGUCUCAAAAGCGUUCUUUGGUCACAUUCCGAGGGGAGCCCACCGAGGGCUUCAAUCACCUUGUGGUGGACGAGAGGACAGGACACAUUUAUUUGGGGGCUGUCAACAGGAUCUACAAACUCUCUAGUGACCUCAAGGUCUUGGUGACUCAUCAGACAGGGCCAGACGAGGACAACCCCAAGUGUUACCCACCUCGUAUUGUUCAGACCUGCAAUGAGCCCUUGGCCAGCACCAAUAAUGUCAACAAGAUGCUGCUUAUAGACUACAAAGAAAACAGGCUGAUUGCAUGUGGGAGCUUGUACCAGGGUAUCUGCAAGCUCCUCAGGCUAGAGGACCUCUUCAAGUUGGGGGAGCCUUUCCACAAGAAGGAACAUUACCUCUCAGGGGUUAAUGAGAGUGGCUCAGUCUUUGGGGUGAUCGUCUCCUAUAGCAAUUUGGAUGAUAAACUCUUUAUUGCCACCGCAGUGGAUGGCAAGCCUGAAUAUUUUCCUACCAUCUCUAGCCGGAAGCUGACUAAGAACUCCGAGGCAGAUGGCAUGUUUGCUUAUGUUUUCCAUGAUGAAUUUGUGGCCUCUAUGAUCAAGAUCCCUUCAGACACCUUCACUGUUAUCCCUGACUUUGACAUCUACUACGUCUAUGGCUUCAGCAGUGGCAACUUUGUCUACUUUUUGACCCUUCAGCCAGAGAUGGUGUCUCCCCCAGGCUCCACAACGAAGGAACAGGUGUACACGUCAAAGCUUGUGAGGCUUUGCAAAGAGGACACAGCCUUCAACUCCUACGUGGAGGUGCCCAUUGGCUGUGAGCGCAAUGGGGUGGAAUAUCGCUUGCUACAGGCUGCCUACCUGUCGAAAGCUGGUGCUGUGCUGGGCCGGACCCUGGGAGUCCGUCCGGAUGCUGACCUCCUCUUCACUGUCUUCUCCAAGGGCCAGAAGCGGAAGAUGAAAUCUCUGGAUGAGUCUGCCCUGUGCAUCUUCAUCUUGAAACAGAUCAAUGACCGCAUUAAGGAGCGUCUGCAGUCCUGUUACCGAGGCGAGGGGACACUGGACCUGGCCUGGCUCAAGGUGAAGGAUAUCCCUUGCAGCAGUGCGCUCCUAACCAUUGAUGACAACUUCUGUGGCCUGGAUAUGAAUGCCCCUCUGGGAGUGUCUGAAAUGGUACGUGGCAUCCCGGUCUUCACGGAGGACAGGGACCGCAUGACUUCUGUCAUCGCGUAUGUCUACAAGAAUCACUCUCUGGCCUUCGUGGGCACCAAAAGUGGCAAGCUAAAAAAGAUCCGGGUAGAUGGGCCCAAGGGCAAUGCCCUCCAGUAUGAGACUGUGCAGGUGGUGGACCCAGGCCCAGUUCUCCGGGACAUGGCCUUUUCCAAGGACCACGAGCAACUCUACAUCAUGUCAGAAAGGCAGCUCACCAGAGUUCCUGUGGAGUCCUGUGGGCAGUAUCGGAGCUGCGGCGAGUGUCUUGGCUCAGGUGACCCCCAUUGUGGCUGGUGUGUGCUCCACAACACGUGCACCCGGAAGGAACGGUGUGAGCGCUCCAGGGAACCCCGAAGGUUUGCCUCAGAGAUGAAGCAGUGUGUCCGGCUGACAGUCCAUCCCAACAACAUCUCUGUCUCUCAGUACAAUGUGCUGCUGGUUCUAGAGACAUACAAUGUCCCGGAGCUGUCAGCAGGUGUCAACUGUACCUUUGAGGAUCUGUCAGAGAUGGAUGGGCUGGUAAUAGGCAAUCAGAUCCAGUGCUACUCCCCUGCAGCCAAGGAGGUGCCCCGCAUCAUCACAGAAAAUGGAGACCAUCAUGUCGUCCAGCUGCAACUCAAGUCAAAGGAGACGGGCGUGACCUUCGCCAGCACCAGCUUUGUCUUCUACAACUGCAGCGUCCACAACUCAUGUCUGUCCUGCGUGGAGAGCCCAUACCGCUGCCACUGGUGUAAAUACCGACACGUUUGCACCCACGAUCCCAACACAUGCUCCUUCCAGGAAGGCCGAGUGAAGCUGCCCGAGGACUGCCCCCAGCUGCUGCGAGUGGACAAGAUCCUGGUACCAGUCGAAGUGAUCAAACCCAUCACUCUGAAGGCUAAGAACCUCCCACAGCCUCAGUCGGGACAGCGAGGCUACGAGUGCAUCUUGAACAUCCAGGGCACCGAGCAGAGGGUUCCCGCUCUGCGCUUCAACAGCUCCAGUGUGCAAUGUCAAAACACCUCCUAUUCCUAUGAAGGGAUGGAGAUCAACAACCUGCCGGUGGAGUUGACAGUCGUGUGGAACGGACACUUCAACAUUGACAACCCAGCUCAGAAUAAAGUUUACCUCUACAAGUGCGGGGCCAUGCGUGAGAGCUGUGGGCUGUGCCUCAAAGCUGACCCAGAUUUUGAGUGUGGCUGGUGUCAGAGCCCAGGCCAGUGCACCCUGCGCCAGCACUGUCCUGCCCAUGAGAGCCGGUGGCUGGAACUGUCAGGUGCCAACAGCAAGUGCACCAACCCUCGGAUCACAGAGAUCAUUCCAGUGACAGGCCCUCGGGAAGGGGGAACCAAGGUCACCAUCCGAGGGGAGAACCUGGGUCUGGAAUUCCGGGACAUUGCUUCACAUGUCAAGGUGGCUGGUGUGGAAUGCAGCCCAUUGGUGGAUGGCUACAUCCCUGCAGAACAGAUCGUGUGUGAGAUGGGAGAGGCCAAGCCCAGCCAGCAUGCAGGCUUCGUGGAGAUCUGUGUGGCUGUGUGUCGACCUGAGUUCAUGGCCCGCUCCUCACAGCUCUAUUAUUUCAUGACUCUGACCCUCGCAGACCUGAAGCCCAGCCGGGGACCCAUGUCCGGGGGCACACAAGUUACCAUCACGGGCACCAACCUGAAUGCAGGCAGCAAUGUGGUGGUGAUGUUCGGGAGCCAGCCGUGCCUCUUCCACAGGCGCUCGCCAUCCUACAUUAUCUGUAACACUACAUCCUCAGAUGAGGUGUUGGACAUGAAGGUGACUGUGCAGGUGGACAGGGCCAGGAUCCGACAGGACCUGGUCUUUCAGUAUGUGGAGGACCCCACCAUCGUGCGUAUUGAGCCAGAGUGGAGCAUUGUCAGUGGGAACACACCUAUCGCUGUCUGGGGAACUCACCUGGACCUCAUACAGAACCCCCAGAUCCGUGCCAAGCAUGGAGGGAAAGAACACAUCAAUAUCUGUGAGGUCCUGAAUGCUACUGAGAUGACCUGCCAGGCUCCAGCCCUUGCCCUGGGUCCUGACCACCAAUCAGAUCUUACUGAAAGGCCUGAAGAAUUUGGUUUCAUCCUGGACAAUGUCCAGUCUCUGUUAAUUCUCAACAAGACCAACUUCACCUACUAUCCUAACCCUGUGUUUGAGGCUUUCAGUCCCUCAGGAAUCCUGGAGCUCAAGCCUGGCACCCCCAUCAUCCUAAAGGGCAAGAACCUGAUCCCACCUGUGGCUGGAGGCAAUGUGAAGCUGAACUACACCGUGCUGGUUGGAGAGAAGCCAUGCACCGUGACGGUGUCAGACGUACAGCUUCUCUGCGAGUCUCCCAACCUCAUCGGCAGGCACAAAGUGAUGGCACGGGUGGGUGGCAUGGAGUAUUCCCCUGGCAUGGUGUACAUUGCCCCGGACAGCCCACUCAGCCUGCCCGCCAUCGUCAGCAUCGCAGUGGCUGGUGGUCUCCUCAUCAUCUUCAUCGUGGCGGUGCUCAUCGCCUACAAACGCAAGUCCCGGGAAAGUGACCUCACUCUGAAGCGUCUCCAGAUGCAGAUGGACAACCUCGAGUCCCGUGUGGCCCUGGAGUGCAAGGAAGCUUUUGCAGAGCUGCAGACCGAUAUCCAUGAGCUUACCAGUGACCUGGAUGGAGCUGGGAUUCCCUUCCUGGACUACAGGACCUACACCAUGCGGGUGCUCUUCCCAGGGAUUGAAGACCAUCCUGUGCUACGCGACCUUGAGGUCCCAGGCUACCGGCAGGAGCGUGUGGAGAAAGGCCUGAAGCUCUUCGCACAGCUCAUCAACAAUAAGGUCUUCCUGUUAUCUUUCAUCCGCACUCUUGAGUCUCAACGCAGCUUUUCCAUGCGUGACCGAGGUAACGUGGCCUCUCUCAUCAUGACGGUACUCCAGAGCAAGCUAGAGUAUGCCACUGAUGUGCUGAAGCAGCUGCUGGCUGACCUCAUUGAUAAGAACCUGGAGAGCAAGAACCACCCCAAGUUACUGCUCAGGAGGACUGAGUCAGUGGCUGAGAAGAUGCUGACCAAUUGGUUUACCUUCCUCCUCUACAAGUUUCUCAAGGAGUGUGCCGGGGAGCCCCUGUUCUCCCUGUUCUGUGCCAUCAAGCAGCAGAUGGAGAAGGGCCCUAUCGACGCCAUCACAGGAGAGGCCCGCUACUCCCUGAGUGAGGACAAGCUCAUCCGGCAGCAGAUCGAAUACAAGACCCUGGUCCUGAGCUGUGCCAGUCCAGAUAAUGCCAACAGCCCAGAGGUCCCAGUGAAGAUCCUCAACUGUGACACCAUCACACAGGUCAAGGAGAAGAUCCUGGAUGCCAUCUUUAAGAAUGUGCCAUGCUCCCACCGGCCCAAGGCUGCAGACAUGGACCUGGAGUGGAGACAAGGAAGCGGGGCAAGGAUGAUCCUACAGGAUGAAGAUCUCACCACCAAGAUUGAGAAUGACUGGAAGAGACUCAACACAAUAGCCCACUACCAGGUGCCGGAUGGUUCUGUGGUGGCUUUAGUGUCCAAGCAAGUGACAGCCUAUAAUGCAGUGAACAACUCCACAGUCUCCAGGACUUCAGCAAGUAAAUAUGAAAACAUGAUCCGGUACACAGGCAGCCCUGACAGCCUCCGUUCCCGAACACCCAUGAUCACCCCUGACCUGGAAAGUGGAGUCAAGCUGUGGCACCUGGUGAAGAACCAUGAGCAUGGAGACCAGAAGGAGGGUGAUAGGGGGAGCAAGAUGGUGUCUGAAAUCUACCUGACACGAUUAUUGGCCACAAAGGGCACACUGCAGAAGUUCGUGGAUGACCUCUUUGAGACCAUCUUCAGCACAGCCCACCGUGGCUCUGCCCUGCCCUUAGCCAUCAAGUACAUGUUUGACUUCCUUGAUGAGCAGGCUGAUAAGCAUGGCAUCCAUGACCCGCAUGUCCGCCAUACCUGGAAAAGCAACUGCCUGCCCCUGCGGUUUUGGGUGAACAUGAUCAAGAACCCUCAGUUUGUGUUUGACAUCCAUAAGAACAGCAUCACGGAUGCCUGCCUCUCAGUGGUGGCCCAGACCUUCAUGGACUCCUGCUCCACAUCGGAGCACCGGCUGGGCAAGGACUCCCCCUCCAACAAACUGCUCUAUGCCAAGGAUAUUCCCAGCUACAAAAACUGGGUAGAGAGAUAUUACUCAGACAUUGGGAAGAUGCCAGCGAUCAGUGACCAGGACAUGAACGCGUACCUGGCCGAGCAGUCGCGGAUGCACAUGAAUGAGUUCAACACGAUGAGCGCACUCUCAGAGAUCUUCUCCUACGUCGGCAAAUACAGUGAGGAGAUCCUUGGACCCCUGGACCACGAUGACCAGUGUGGAAAGCAGAAACUGGCUUACAAACUAGAACAAGUCAUAACCCUCAUGAGCUUAGACAGCUGAGAACUGUCCUUCCAGGGCCAUCCUGGAGGGAGGGACACACCAAGCCGUGCCUCAGUCUAGAUUAUCAUCUUUACCAAGUGCAAGUUCCGACAGGCAUCAGCAGCAACCCCCGAGCAGCGCCGUCUCUCCUUUUAUUUCUCUCCCUCUUCUGUCUCUCCCUCUUUCCAGAGUUCCAUCUCUUUCAGUUGCUCCACCAGUGUGGUUGGACCAGGUCACUGACCCUCAGUCAGUCCAGGGAUGGCCAGGCCCCAUGGUGAGAGACCUGACCAGAAGAUGUCAGAGUGAGGCUCUCCCUCCCAGCUGCUUCUGGCCCCAUGCAUCAGCAGCAGGGCUCAAAUAAAAAGGAGGAGCUGAGGAUGGAGAACAUUCCUAUGCUGCUACUUUACCUUCUGCGUUGAGAAUCCCCACUGUGGUCCAAAACCUGGCUUCGGGAAGCAACUGUGAGUUCAGUAUUAUCUGAAGUAGGAGACAUCACUCGGAUCUCCCUUUCCACACACUCAACAACAAGGGGCCAGGCAGUGACCUGGGUGCUUUGUGACUGUGAGAGAAAAGCUUUGCCUCCUACAGAUGUUGGAGUAGGGACCAGUGGAAGUUUAAAGAUGCUCUCUCAGGGGCCGCUGCCUACCUGUUUGAUGUCCAGCAGCCUUCUGUCCCCUCCCAAUAUCCUUGGAGGCCUUCCAAGCAUCCAUUCAGACCUUUCUCCCCUUCCUGUAAAAAGUCAGACAGGGGAAGAACUAACAGUUACAUUCCACCAUGGAGAUGUUCCUACAUCAUCUAAUCUGGUUCCUGAAAAAAGAAAUGUAGCAUGGAAAGAGAGAGAGAGAGAAGGAAAGAGUAUCAUCUAUGCCAGAAGCAACAUUGAUUGUUCUCUGUUCACCCCCAAGUUCAAAUGCAUCCUGAUUGUAGUCAAAGGUCCAUUGCCAGAGCCUCAUGUAUUGUCUGGAGAAGGCAUCUCCAUGCUCCUUUAUCACCAUCAUCAAAACUCACAGUGAAAUGCAGAGUGCAUCUAGGAGAUUCUACCUCCAGCCGUCUCCAAGGCUCCAUCUCCACUGUCUUUGAGAAUACCCUAGAAGGCCAGGGCAGACAGCCCAACCCCUGUCCCUCCUGCAGAAUCUGGUGCCAUUGCUAUGCAGAUGACUUUGUCACUGGACUGUCCAGAGCUCUGUGGGAAUUGUUUCAUCAACAUAUCAGCUGUCUCUUCAGUGGAUCUUCUUCCUCAUCCCUUCUGAAGUCAUCAUCAGAGGAAACAUACUUAAGCACAGCCUCACCAGGACAAAACAAGAUGCCAGCCAGCCUCAGCCACCAGCUCUUGUGCCUGGAAGGGACUGGAGAGCCAAGUGAGGGACCUGGUUGGAUACAGAGAAAAGUGCAUACCACUAACCAUGGCCUUGGCAUUGAUCUUUGCAUUGUGUUUUCCCAUCUAUUGAUAUGCCAUUUUGUUAGCCAAAUCAGGCAAAUGUGUGCUCAGAAAUGUAACAUGUGGUUAUGACAAGAGGUGUUUACUAGUGGGUCUUGGGAACCUACAGUCUUGAAGGGAUCUUAGAUAGUGAAUGGUCCAGUCUCUACCAUAAGCAAGAAUCUCUUUAGACAGCUGAGGUUUGUUGUCCACCACUCAUGCAGACAAGAGAGGCGUUAGAGAAGGCGGUGUCGAUAGCAUUCCACAUCCUUACCUUCCUUCAUUCUCCAUGCAUUACAUGUCAUUUCUUCCCAUCACUCAGAAUGAGCCUCACAUGGAGAAGGAGCUGUACCAUUUCAAGCCAAGUCCAUGUGUCAUCCUGCACCUUCCAGGACAUCGAGACCCAUAUGAGAGAGCAGGGUUGAGGAAGGCACCUAGGAAUCUGUAGAAAGCAUGGAAAGAUUUCUUAUCCUAUGUAGGAGGAUAUUGAGAUGGUCUCCUUCUCUGUCCCCUGGCUCAUCUGUCCAUCCUUCAGGGUCAGUAUACUUCACUGAGUGUUCAUCGUGUGUAUGGUGAGAGCAUUCUUCUGUCCAUAGGAAAUCAGGAUGUCACCUGCGAAUGCUGAACUCUGGCAGCCCAGAGCAGCACCCUGUGGCAUUGCUGUGGACAAAAUGGCAAAGACAUACCAAUGUAGGAAAAAGGAUGAAAAGUCUGGGGAAAGAGGCAUUGGAAGUGGGGAGGGUAAUGAAAAAAAACAAAAACAAACCAAAAAAACCACCAGAGGUUUUGGCAAAGCAAGUGCCAGGUGGAGACAUAUGGAAUUUCUGUCAGUGACUAUUGUUUUUCUUCCAUGAAGCCAUGGGACCUGGCAGGCUUCAGGGUGCAUGUGGAGGUCCGGCUGAGGGAGCACCUCAGCUGAGAAGGUAUUUUUGCACAUAUGAAGGGUUGGGGAGGAGAGAGCCAUGAACAUAUUUAACACAGAUUUGCAGGAUGGAAGGUGUGUGUGUGUGUGUGUGUGUGUGUGUGUGUGUGUGUGUGUGUGUGUGUGUGUGGUGCAUAGGUGAGUGUGCUUUGAUUUUUAAGUUUUGCACAGUUAGAGAAAAAAUGAACAGCAGCAACAAGAGACUGUUACCAUGGCUUUGCUGACAUGUUCGCCCCCCCACCCCACCCGCCGUAUGAUUUUACUGUUGUUAUUAUUAUUUUGUCGGUACAGAAUUUUUUUUCCUUGCUUUUGUUAACAAGCAAAACUUCAAACACCUCGGAGAAAUACACAUAUCAGGAAGAAAGAGGCGGGGACAGUCUUGACUGGGUUUCCUGGGUCUCCUGUUUCUCUUGAGGGGGCUUUGGGCAGAUUCUUUCACUUUAAUUGAUGAUGUGGGUUUUUUCUGGUACUUCAUAGGCAGUCCUUGUGGCCUGCUUGAGGACUCAGAAAUCAAGGCCCACCUUGCCUGUGGGGGGAAAAAAAAUCAACUUUCCUUUUGCUGUUUAUUUGCUUGUUUGUUUUUAUUUCCCAUCUGAUUUUUUUUGUUUGUUUGUUUUUGCAAGUGUGAUACAUUUAAAAGCAAGGUUAGGCAACGUUGUUUGAAAUCUGUCACUUCCUCCCAGAUAUUCCUUCACAACUCCCCCUUGAGAUUCUCUAGCUCCUCUUAGCAAUCAGAGAGACCCUGAUGGUCUGUGAGCUCUCAGAGAACGAAGUCAGAGAAACUAGGACAUAAGAUACAGCGGUGCCUCGCCCCCGUCCAGAGUUCACUUGUGGGCUGUUGCGGAUCUGCGGACGGUAGAACCUUUAUUUAUCUCUUGGAGUUUGUUCUGAGGGGGGAGGGGUAUCCUCUCUCACCUCCCCCCUUCACCUCACCUCUGCAUCCUCCUGCUCCUGAUACCACUGGUCAAAAUGGUACUGCUGAUCACACAUCCCAAAUGACUCACCAAGUGAGGAUUUGAAUCUUGAAAGGAGAAGGCCAGCAGGGAGCAGGGAGUUUGAUGGGGUCCUGAAAGUAAAAGACUGGGUAGAAGGAACCUAGGAAGGUAUCUGCAGGCUGGUUACCGCUCUGUGGCAUGUUUGUCUCUCUAGGUGUGGGCGUGGUCUGGUCAUGUCUUCAUCCUUCCCUGUAAGGAGACACAGUAAUGUUUCUUAGUGCCAUGAAGUCGUUAGCGUUUGUGUCAGUUACUUCCUCAGGAAAAUACUUUCUUGCCUUCUUUCAAUACAGUUUUAAACUUGGGGACAGAGGACAAACAGAGAACCCUCCCCCUCCCAGACUAAGGUACUUUGCAACCCUGUGCAGCAUGAAUGACCAGAGCCAGCCCCUGGAGCCUUCAUGUUGGGAGUCCACAGACCUGGAGUGAGUUCAGAGUGGUGCCUGAGCGGAGCCACAUUUGGGAAGAGAAAUACUUUUAAUGAAUCCCACAGCUCAAGGCAGAGUAUCCAGGACGAUUCCAAGGAAGCAGGAGUUGCUAACAGACCAAGUCUUUCUGUGCUUGUAGACUCUGGUCCUGCUUCCACUGGGUUAAUGUUGAUAUAAUACCCAGCACGUCCACCACCCUAACAUCCCAUCCCAGAGGUCCAUGGUGCUCAUGUACCACCCUACACCCCCACUCCCACCCCAUGUGCAUGUCUGUCUCCUGACUGUGCCCCACUCUGGCAGCUAGCUUUCUCCCUAUUCCUCCUUGACCCUCCUGUACAAAAAGCCUCCCUGAGGCCAAGUACUGAUUUGGAUACAGGAGUUACUCAGUUCUUCAGUCCAUUAGAAGUGAGUGCUGUCCCAUCCUAGCCUUGGCUGUUUGCCCUGAGUGAGAGGGUCUCCUCUCCUCCAGCCAAUGCCCUGUGGGUCCUCUGUUAGAGGAGUCACAAGCAAUGGCAUCCCAAAUGAUCUCUAAGAGGCAAGGCUCUGCCCCACUUUCUAGGACCCUGGGUGAUGCUACUGUGGUCCAUCCUGGCCGUGGCACCUCUCAUUUUGACACAAACAGCAGAGGCCCCUUUCUGUCUUGUAUCCUAGGACUCUCUGCCUUUGGCUUCACCAGACAGCAAGUUAAUACUUCAUCUUGAGAAAGGCCAAUGCUCCUGUCAUCAGGAAUAAAUUUCCUCCUUCUCACAGAGAGCCCCAGAAGCCAGGAGAUGACUGAUAUGAGGAGGUACUCAGCAGGUGGGAAACUCAGAGGUACUCAGCUUAUGUCCCUUCCAAGGGCAGCACCCAGUGACAGUUCCAGUAAGCUUGGGGUUCAGGGGCAUUUCUGUGAGUAAACCAAGGUGACCCUGUCCAGGUAGCUGGCUGUCCUGGCUCUUCUCUGGCCUUUCCUCCAUGUUCCUCAUCCACAUCAAGGGCCUCCACCCAUCCUUCCAGGACAAGUGGGGCCUGACUAUACGGCCCUUCCCUUUGGAAAAAAGCUGUGGGAUAUUUGAUUGGGGUUUUGUAGUUCCUUAUUUUUUUGGUCGCUUAUGUUAAGAAUUUGAAAGUAACAAGGGAGCCUGGCUGUGGAUGUAAAAUAACUGAGAGGAAGAGUUAAGCAGAAUUCUUAAAUUCUUCCAGUGACUUCUAAGCAGAUGAGGCUAGCUUAAAGGUAGGAGUGAGACAGCCUCUCCAUUAGAUAGGAAAAUGGUCCAGAAAUUCCCCCAUGUGAACUGUGAACAUGCUAGGGGAAGCAUCCUCAUGGCUGCUAAUACCCUCAUGCUUCCCCUGCCCUUUUGACAGACAGAGGCCACUCCUCCCAUCUCUCGUGGAUUCACCCCAGGGCAUUCUGCAUGGAAUCAAUGCAAGCUUCAUUAUUAUAAGUGGAUAGUUGGGGUACCAUUCCAGGUAAUAGUAAAGGUGCAACUCCUGAAAGAGGCUUGUAAGUUUCUCCUGGUGCUCUGAGAGGCCACCCCAUGCCUCCCAUUUAGAAAGCAAUCACUGUAGGAAAUGUUUUUAAUAUUAGGAGAGACUUUUUUUGUUUUUUUACUACAAAUCAUGGCUCUUCAAUAAUAUUGCUUUUUAUUAAUAUUUAGGGAGCAUCCAAGUUUUAAAAAGUAUUUGAGUCUUUUGGUUGGAAAGACAGACGUCUUCCUUAGUGUCCCGUUGGAAUCCCUUGAGUAGACUGAUGGCUGUCAGGAAGCUGAGCAGAGCAAACAGUUCCUGAGGAGUGAAGAGAACAUUGUGUUCUAGCUCCUGGAAAAGAUGGCCAGGCUCUAACUGGUGGGGUCUUUGGUUGGGGAGUCUCACAUCCCUCCUCUCUUCCCCCUCCUCCCUCUUCCUUGGGUUCCUAUCUAGUCCUGGCUCUCUAGGCUGUCUCUGGAAUUAAUGAAUCCUUCAUAUUGUUUCUCAGCUUCCUUCAAACUACACUGAAGCUCAAUUUGGGGCGACCCAAGCUCCCCCUCCCCAAUAACACAAAAGCAAGUGGACAGUCGUUCUGCCAGUUUCUGCCUCUUCUGCCCAUUUCUUUUGUUUGUAUCUUUAAAGACUCAAGCACACGUUGGAAGGGUUCCCUUAUGAGAGUAGAGUUCCAAACAGCACCAGUUAAACAAACAGAGGGUACAGUUAAGCAGCACCCCCAAAGACACUCUGAAGCAGAGAACACUUCCACAACCAGAACUGAGGAAUGUUCCUGUGCAGAGAUCAGUUCCAUUCGAGCAAGAGGCAAAGAUGGGCUAUGUGUCCUCAUCUAUCCUCCUGACCUUCCCCUGCCAUUCUUGUCAGCUUGUAGGCUUAUGAAACCUUCCGUUCUGUUCUUCAUAAAUAAAAGCUAGUUUACCUCAAAGACUCUUGUUUCCAUUUGGAAACCAAUGACAUGGCUUGAGAAUGGAUGACCCUCCCCACACCCCUCCACAUCCCUCCCUGCCUGGGCCUGGUGUGCUUGGGGCAUCUUAGCUUCUUCCUGGGUUGGCUGCUCUGCAAAGGAACCAGGUCCCCAGGCCUGAAAUGGGAAGGAAGGAUUGGAUGCUGCCUCCCCCCGCCCCCUACUUAGCAUGUAGGGAACAGCCUCUGUCUCUUCCAGCAGGGUCCUGUGACGUUACCAUAGCAACCAGCAACUCCAGGUACCACGAAAGACAAUGGCUCCAAGCACUGAGGUAUGGGAGAGAGCAGGGUUUCUGGCUUGGUCAGAGCACCCAGAAUUAGGCCCCAAAUGCUAGGAGGGCAAAGAAGGGAGAGAAAUAGAAAUGGACGCAUGAAUGGGUUAAGCAGCUGCAGAGGCCUUGGGAGUCUGAGGAGCGAGAGGCCACUGAGAGAGGCAGGGCAGAUCAUUUCUGUUCUCCUCACCACACAGCCCUUCCCAGCGUGCUCCACUUCUAUUCCAAAACCCUCACCACCUUGAAUACUGACCCUUCGAGAGCAGAAAGCAAAGUAUACCUUUAGACAACAGUGUUACCCUGAGCCUCAAGGACAGGUGAAUGGGGUCUCUGAAGGAAAAAAAAAAAAGAGGGUCUUCUGGUUUUGAUUUUUAAAGAAGAGUAUCCUAGUAAGAUUAAAAAAAAAGAUUUAAAAAAGUUUUUAAAAGAAAACCUAUGCUAUUUAAAUUGGAGCCCAGUUGUAACUUGGUAAAGGCAAGCUUCUGUACCUUUGUUAUAAUUAAUUGUAUACCUGUGUAUGUAAAUAUAAGGCAUUCCUAUUUUGCAGUUCAGAACAAAAAAAACUAUUUGUAAUAUAGAAUAAAGUUUAUUAAAAAAUAAUAAAAAUGCAGUUUGA